CCUCUGUGCGGAAGUGACCCCCCGAGGCAGGGCAGGGCGUGGGCGCGGAACUGCGUGCAGUAUAAAAUUCUCAGCAACUUCCUCGUGCUCACUUUUGCAUCGCAGCAGCUUUGCUUAAAGUCACCGGGAGGAUCCGAGCACAGCUCCAAAAACAAACGCAGAGAGAAAUAUGAGUUGGGACAGCUACAUUCAGAGUCUGACCAAGAACGAAUGGCUGGACGACGCCGUCAUCAUCGGGCACACACCGGGACAGGAGUCAGUGUGGGCGGCAGCACCCGGCGGCUGGCUGAAUGGAGUCACGGCAGCGGAGGUGAAGGCCCUCAUAGCAAAUGACCGUAGCACUUUAUUUGCUGGUGGAGUGACCUUAGCAGGCAAGAAGUGCACAGUGCUGAGAGAUGCCCUUCACGUCGAUGGACAGAACACCAUGGACCUGAAAAUGAAGACCUCAGAUAAAGACCCUGAUCCCUUUCCCUUCACUGUUGGCAAAUCAAAUAAAGCUCUGGUCAUUGCUAGAGGAGUGAAAGAUGCUCAUGGAGGAAAGGUCAAUCCCCCCGUCUUUGAUAUGACUGCUUACCUCCGGAAGAUGAAUCUCUGAACCUUCACACACUUCUAUCUCUCUCUCUCUCACACACACACACACACACACACACACACAAACACACACACACACACACACACACACACACACACACACACACACUGCUCGGAUUGAACAUCAAAUAGGAGAUUCCGAGUCUGUGUGUGGACCGUUAUGUUGCUCAGCUGGUCAUCAGACUACGCACGCACGGGCACACACACACACACAAACACACGCACACACACACACACAUACACACACACACACACACACAGGCAACUCCAGCGUGUUCUGCUCAGUGAAUCUGGAGAGCAUGCUGCAGUGAUGGAUCGAUUCAGCCCUUGUCAGUUUGAUUGGUUGAUUGAUGGUACUCAUUGAGGAAUGGGCGGAGCUUCAUCUCAGGCAUCUGUUUAUUAGAUUAUUUUGUUUAUUGAUUUAUUAUUUUGAUGCUGAACCGAACAAAUGUUCAAAUUUUAGCUCAAUAAAGAGAACAUAGUAAAGUUUAUUCUGAGAUCA